UUUUAAAAGCACAUAAAACUGAAACUAAAGUAUUUUGUGUCAUUAAAAAAACGACGUUUUAAUAAAAAUAAACAUGAUUUUCUUAAAGUUCACAACGUUAUGCGUUUUUACAGUGUUGAUUUUAACUAAAAAAUGCUUUAGCGAUGAUUUGUUUUCUACUUUGUGCUCAAAAAUAUUUUUUAAACAACCACAAAAUGAAGAUGUAUUAUUUUAUAAGGAAGUUAUCAAUGGCGUAUAUAUCAAGACAGAUAAAGUUAUUGAUAAUUUUCCUCUCUACCUCAACGAAAGAGGUAACAUCUAUUUCCAAUAUUCACAAACAAACAAUGUGUUCUUUUUUAGUAAACCGUCCCCAGCUAAAAAUAUCUAUUUAGGAUUAGGAGCAGACGCAGACAAAAUAAAAAUGGCUAACCCAAAAAUCUGGACCAAAAAUGCAAAUAGAUACAACGUUUUUGGAGGUGUGGUGAAGAAAUGGUUUCAAUGGAAUCAAAAAUACAUUUAUUUAAAAGAAGAUUUACAAGUCGAGUGCUGGAAUUUUACGGACUGUCAAUUUCGAGACUUAACUUUUAAUUAUAAUUUACCUGGUUAUAAUAAUCCAAUAGAUGAUUACUUCUUACCUCUUGAAAACACAUAUGUUUUUAAUAGACAAAUUUAUAAACAUUCAAAUUUUAAUGUAACAAAGUGGUAUCUUUAUUAUUUUAAUUCGUAUUGGAAUAUUGGACCAAAUUAUACGUCAAAUAUGGUUAAUUGGUACGUAAUUGAUCAUGCAUUAAAACCAGAGUUUAUUACAAACACAUGGUAUAAAUAUAACGGUAUUAAAUCAACUUUUGAGCAACAAGUUGGUGUAACUCUUCAGUGUCGAGGUUUAAAUAAACCGUGUAGUAAAGAUCGAUGUAUAAACAAUGGCACAUGCAGUGUCAAUCAAAUAAAUAGGACUACUUGUACAUGUCUGUUUAACUACAAUGGCGAUGACUGCAGCCAAAAGAGUUUUGGGUGUAAAAAUGAUGAAGAUGUAAUUAUAGAAGCUGGAUCAUUAGUACCCUACAUUUGCUUAUCUGGUACCAAUGAAGUUUACGAUGUUUUGUGUAAAAAAAGCAGUUCCGGAGAGUAUGUUUGGACAAGCAACAAGAAAUGCACAGUUCUAACUACUACAAAAUCUACCACUAUUACUACUACAACUGAAAAAAUACCGAAGAUUUUAUUUAAUGCAGACAAAUAUUAUUGGAUCUAUAUUUUAGCUAUAACAUUGGCUGCUGUCACUCCAAUUUUAGGCCCCUUGAUUGUUUGGAGUUAUAGAGACGAUUCCAACUAUUUUAGGAUACUUUCAUUAUGGCUGUAUUUUAGUAUGGCGAUACUAAUUUUCCUCAAGGUUCUUAUAUCUACUUUUAAUCUUUAUACUUAUGGACCAAAGUUGUUUUCAACUAUUGAUACUAUUGCAGUAAUUUCGAUACCAAUUUUUUACUUGUACAUUUUGAUAGAAGCGCAAUUUUGCAAUGAGAAAAAAUAUCUUGAUAGCACAUACGAUGGUGAUGAAAUCGAUAGUUACUUAAAUAUGAUCUACGAAAAAGAGCCUCUCAUUUUUAUAAUUAUUGAGUGCUACCAUUAUGAAACUAGAACUCGUACUAUUACUUAUACGGAUGCUAAUGGUAAUUUACAGAGCAGAGUGGAAACAUAUCAGGAAAAGGUUGUUUCACACACUGACGCAUUAAAUUUUAGUUUUAGAACUUGGAGAGAUGUAUCCGAUCGAAGUCAAGUUCCCAGUGCUCAUGCCAGAGUUACGCGCAUAAAACUAACAAAAAUAUUUACUUUUCGCGAUGAACAAACAUCUAAAGAAUUUUCAAAAGUUGAAUCAAACUUUAUUAAAGAAAAUAAAAAUCGCGAUACACACAUCAACUAUUAUACUGAAAUCAAUAUACAUGGAUUUAAAGAACGUAUAAUGGGUGUUAAUAGUAACCGUCCGUUUUGGUUAAACAAAGUUUGCUUUCAACUCGCACACUUUUUGACGUUAUCGUGGCCGUUUAGAUGGCUACUAAACUGCAGUACUCAAAAAGUCGAUCAUUGUAUAGUUAAAGAAAUUUCUAUUAUCGAAAAUAAUGAAACGCUACCUACUGCACCAACCAUACUUGAACAAGCUAAUUAUUCUGAACACACCCCCUUCAUUGCUGAACAAAUAGAAUUAAAGUUAAACCCGCUUACGUCUACCGCUGAUUUUUGCCCUUACCCUGUUCCACCCUAUCCUGAUGUACCUCCUCCACCUUACAGUGGUCCCUUACAUUGAAAAUAAAAUGACAUUUUUUUGUACAACUUCUUGUUAGGAUUAUUUAUAAACUAGAUUAUAUUUACCACUGAUUA